CGCGGGCGCGGGGGCGGGGGGGCGGAGGCCGGAGGGCCGGACGCCGGGCUCGGGCCGGGCGGGGGCGCGGGCACCGCGAGCCGUGGCGGCGGCGGCGGCCGGGGGAAGCCGCGGGGCCGGUCAUGCGGCUGCGGGGCCCGCGGCCCGGAGCGUCCGCCCAGCCCUGAGCGAGGCCCCGCAGGGCGCCCCCCGCCUCUGAGGAUGAGUCACUGUAGCAGCCGCGCCCUGACCCUGCUGAGCAGCGUGUUUGGUGCGUGCGGCCUGCUCCUCGUGGGCAUUGCGGUCAGCACUGACUACUGGCUGUACAUGGAGGAGGGCACGGUGCUGCCGCAGAACCAGACGACCGAGGUGAAGAUGGCACUGCACGCCGGCCUCUGGCGAGUCUGCUUCUUUGCAGGUCGGGAGAAGGGUCGCUGUGUGGCCUCGGAAUAUUUUCUUGAACCGGAGAUCAACUUGGUGACGGAAAACACGGAGAAUAUUCUGAAGACAGUGCGCACAGCCACCCCCUUCCCCAUGGUCAGUCUCUUCCUCGUGUUCACGGCCUUCGUCAUCAGCAACAUCGGCCACAUCCGCCCUCAGAGGACCAUCUUGGCCUUCGUUUCUGGCAUCUUCUUCAUCCUAUCGGGCCUCUCCUUGGUGGUGGGCUUGGUUCUUUACAUCUCCAGCAUCAAUGACGAGGUCAUGAACAGGCCCAGCAGCUCCGAGCAGUAUUUUCAUUAUCGCUACGGGUGGUCGUUUGCCUUUGCUGCUUCCUCCUUCCUACUCAAAGAGGGGGCCGGCGUGAUGUCCGUGUACCUGUUCACCAAGCGCUACGCGGAGGAGGAAAUGUACCGUCCACACCCGGCCUUCUACCGCCCGCGUCUCAGCGACUGCUCAGACUACUCGGGCCAGUUUCUGCAGCCCGAGGCAUGGCGCCGUGGCCGCAGCCCAUCCGACAUCUCCAGCGACGUAUCCAUCCAGAUGACGCAGAACUACCCCCCAGCGAUCAAGUACCCCGACCACUUGCACAUCUCCACCUCGCCCUGCUGAGGCCCCGCCCCUCGGAGCUCCCCUCCUCUUCCUCCUCCUCCUCUUCCUCCUCGCGGGUCUCCCAGCAAUGCAGCACCUCCCUUCCUCCGGGGUCCUCCCUCCCACCUGGAGGAUGCUGCGCCAGCUUUAGGCCCCGCCCCCUGUAACCCCGCCCUCAUUUAAAUGACCCCGCCCCUCGGCCCGCCCUUCCGUUUGCCCGCCCCCUUUCCCUUAGGACCGCCCGUUUCCUCUGGCCCCUCCUCUCCAGACGGCGGGCUCCUCCCCCAUCCCCCGCCCUGCGCGCCCAGCCCCCCAGCUCCCCGACCUCCGCCUCCCCGCAGCGCCGCGGGCCGGAGAGUGGGUUCCCGCGCCUGCCGGGAAUGCCCACCACCCUCUUCUCCCCUCUGCCCUGGAUUUCUCCUUUUCCUCGCUUGAUCCCAACUCCUGGCCCGCAGAGUCCUCUGGUGCAGUGGGGGGCCCGCUGCCCCCGCCCACAGCUGCGGACCCGGGUGGGGGCUGGAGGCCACGGACGCGGCUAACCCGGCCUUCCCUCCCCGCUUCUCUGCUCCCCUGGGAGACCCCCUCUUUCUCACCGGCUGGGCUCUUCUCUGCCUCCUGAAGGUCACCUGCUUUUUAGGGGGCUCUGUCUAAAGGAUCUUCUUGCUUUCUUGGCUAUCCUCGGCUUCUUUUUCUUCCCCUCCAACUCUCUCUCCUUUGCUCCCUCCACCCGUCGCCCAAAGCCCCUAGGUGCAUCCAGCCCCGCACACCAAACCAGGAUGGGGACCCUGGGGUGGAGGGAGUCCCCACGCCCUCUCCACGCCUGUGCCCGCCUCUCCCCCCUCGAGGCCCCGUCGGGGGAGGGAGGGGCAGUAGCGGGGGUCGA